AUGAACGCCACAACAUCUGCAGUCAAGAGAAGAGCAUGCGUGGCAUGUACGGCUGCCAAGGCAAAAUGCACGCCGCAGGCCGUCAACUUAUGCCAGCGGUGCGCUCGUUUGGGCAAGUCAUGCACCUACCUUGACCUUCCGCAGACGAGGCGGAAGCACAAGGCUGCACCGAGCCGUGUGGAGGUGCUCGAGAAGAAGGUCGACCAACUGAUGUCGCAGCUGGCUGCCUUGACCCGACAGAUCGGGCAGACAUCGCCCGAUACUUCUAACACGCUCACCACUGACUCGGGUCCGUCUCGUGAUGCCGCGCUGGAUUCAACAGAUAUUGCUGCAAUGCUAGAUGCUGCUAAGGACCCGUACCAUGGCCUCGAUCCGCCGACCAGCUCUGUUCUGGAGAACCAGCCGUCUAUCGUAGAUCGAGGGCUUUUGAGUGAGCUCGAGGCCGAACGCUUGGUUACAACCUUCCAGCGUGACUUUGUGCCAAAGUUCCCCUUUGUAUUGAUUGCACACGGCGAGACGGCCGCUCGUCUCAGGGACCGAGAGCCUUUUCUCUUCUUGUGCAUCGUGGCCGCGACCAUGGGCAGUGCGCACCCCCUGCGUAAAACUAUCACCGAGGAGAUUAUGAAGCACGUUACGUUGAGGUUUGUGGAGGGUUCCGAGAGGAAUCUCGAGUUGCUUCGGGGUCUGCUAAUUCACAGCGCAUGGUACUCAUAUCCUGCCGAGAAAUAUCACCCACGACUGUUGCUGUUGAUUCAGUUUUGUGUUUCUACUUUGUAUGAUCUGGAACUUCACAAAAAGCCUAGUCUGAAUUCUGAUGAGCAGCGAGCGCUGCUCGGUACGUACUGGCUGUCGGUUGGGUGA